GAUCUGACCGACAACGCCACCAUCCUGUACUCCUCCGACUCCGUCGUCGACAUCUUGGGCUUCACGCCCGAUGAAAUCGUCAACCGUUCCGCAUGGGACUUCUUCCCGGAGGACGAGCUGCCAGCGGCCCGCAAGUUCCACCAGAAGCGUGUUGCCACCGACAAGGCUGCCGUGCUGGCCUACAUCCGCGUGCGCAACGCUGAUGGUCAAUGGAUCGGCUGCGAAUGCUGUUUCACCAUCGUCUACGAUGUCAUGGUCGUCUGUACCAGUGUCUAUCGUCGCGGACUCAGAUCUGACAAGCGAGCCCUCGAAGCUCCAGUGGUACGACGCAUUUUCUCCUCCUCGCCGAAGGACCCCAGAUACCACAUGUUGUCACAUCUCUCGGCCAAGUUCUCGCUGCCUGCAAAGAAGCAGCAGCACGAACCGCGAGCAGCCCUGUUCCUGAAUCGAUUCACGCGCACCUUGACCAUUAUGUACGCCACUAGCGGUCUUGCCGAAGUCAUUGGCAUACCAGCGGAAGCCAUGCGCGGCCGAAGCUUCUAUUACUGCAUCUCGGAGAAUUGCCUGCAGGAUGCGGUCAAGUGCCUCGAGAAUGCCAAGGGUAACGACUCCAUCGCCUACCUUCGCUUUUGGUUCAGAGAUCCUCGCCUCGACGACGAAGAGGCCGCCUCUGACGUGAGUGACGAGGAGAUGACUACGACCGACACCACCAGCGAAGAAGGCGGCGUUCAUCUCCGUGCCGCCGAAACACCGACUGACACUCAAGCUGGAGCCAUGGACAUCGAUAGUGACGAGUCCAGGCAUUCUUCGGGCGACAGCACUCGCAACGCCGAUACCCACGAAGCAAUCUUUGGCCAGGCAGCUCGCGCUGAGUCGUCGCCUCAAGUACAACGCGAUCCAAUCGAGCUCGAAGCCGUCAUCUCCUGCACCUCCGACGGCCUUGUGGUGUGUUUGAGGAGAGCUCGCCCCAUGAUUCCACACCCUACUCAGCGCCCAUCACAGCCCGUGCACCACAGGGGCUUCUUUGCCGCUCCUUGGGCCUUGGAGCCAAUGCUGCCACCAAUGGAAACCAGAGCCGCCGCUGGCUACGGUACUGGGUUCGCGCCAUCCCUCGGCCCACAUGGUGCUCGCAAGGGCACUUCAACUGUUUCGUCAUCCGCCGGACCAGAUCAGAUGGACUUCAUGGCUGCCAUCCGCGAACAAGCUGUCUUUGCUUGGGCGCUCACUGGGAUCAAUGGAGUUUUGGCUGAUUAUGCCCAUGGCAAGCCAAGCGGAGAGUCCUUGCCAUCAGAGGGCCUCCCUGUGUGG